AUGUCCGCGCCAUUCUCUCGCUUGCAACUUGCAGCGGCUCUGAUAGAGUACGAUAAUGACGACGACGACCCAUCCAAGCCGCGACGGAACGCACAGGAGAGCGCUCUCUUCCUCCAUUUCCGCAACAAUAAUCUUCGAGGUCCGCCUCCAAUAACAGAGCGCAAGACCUCGGAUCUUCUCGGGGUCACUCUCCCCAGCGAGACAGCGAGCGUUGUGGGGCGCGACUCUAUAGCUUGGGACCGACGGUCAAGAGGCUCUGUCGACGCCCUCCGGAAUCCGUUUGGCCGCGACUCCACUUAUGAAGGGGCACUGGAUGAGGAAGAGGAGGAGGAGGACUUGGAAGUUGAUUUGGCGUCGUGGGGGCUGGACGCCCUCGUGGACAAGGACAAGGAGAAAGAGAAGGCGAGGCAGCGGAAGAGGGCCAAGUCGGACAUGCUGCCCAACCCACACGAAGGCCCCGGACGCAACGCACGCCCGAUCCACUCUCGCGCCAACAGCGCCACCCUGCUCAACGGCCUCGGCGUGGGCGGUGCGUUCCUCGACUCACAGUCCACCUCCCCCUCCCCGGCCCCGGCCCCGGGCACGCCCAACCCGCUCAGCCCCCGUCGGCACUCGAUAGGCGACCCGCUCAACCUCCCCGAAGCCCACUCCGACGAUGUCAUCUUCCCGCCGCGGUCGCGGAGCCCAUCCGCCCACGUCCUCAUCGACCGCAUCCCCGCGGGCUCCCCGCUGCACUCCGUGCCGUUCCCGACGAGCGAGUCGAUCCGCUCGCCGUCCCCGGUGCUCGACGGCCGCCGGCGCGCGAUGAGUGUCGGUUCGAUGAGCAAGAUCCUCGAGACCGCCGCGCCCGCCGAGGACACCGAUAACCCGUUCGCGCUCCGCCCCCCGUCGCCCAGCCGCAUGUCGCGCUUCGACCCGAAGGCGCAGCGCGCGCGCACGAUCUCCCAGGGCACGCUCGCGACGCAGAUGAUGCUCGACUACGACGAGCCGCAGGAGGACCAGCCGCCCGCGCAGCCGGAGCACCAACAGCGCCCGCCGACGCGCGAGCGGCGGUACUCGCGCAUGGAGCUCAUGCGCCCCAAGGUGCUCAUCAUGCCCAGCCCGCUGCAGAACGCACCGGAGGGCCCGCAGCCGCCGCAGCCGCGCGCGACGGACGGCUUCGAGCUCUCCGUGGAGGGCCGGCCGCUGCCCCCGGGCGCGCGGGCGGCGCGGCGGUCGUCGGUGACGCUCUCGGUGAUGGAGCCAGGGCUCGCGCCUGGGGGGCUCGCCCCGCCGGUCGCGUCGAACUCGUUCACGCCGAACCCGCGCGCGAGCCUCACGCUUUCCCAGCUCACGUUCCGGAACACGCUCAUGGUCGACGGGCAGAGGGACGUCGCGUACGCGGACAUCGACGCGCACCUCCGGCGUGCGACGGAGGACGGGGAGCAGAUCGAGGAGGAGUUUGAGCAGGACGAGGUGCCGAUCAUGGACGACGAGCCCAAGGGGCCGAAGCGUCCCGCUGGGAAGCUGUUCGGCCGCAGUCUCAUCGACGACCUCGAGGCGAGGAAGGCGGAAAUGCGGGGCAAGCAGAGGGUGUUCCGAGGUGAUGACCGACCGUCCAUGAUGCAGCGCACGCAAGUGAAACGCUCCAGCACGCUCAUUACUCCGGAGGAACUCAAGCGGCCAGCCUCGCAGCAUAUGAACUCUUUCCACUCCCAGCCCGAGCUCCAGCGUCGGGGCUCGGUCAACGCCAAGCCCCUUCUCGACUUCGAGGAAGGUAUUCCAGGGGCUCCACGCCAGAACGUUGGUCCUGCAGCUGCUACCAAGUCUGUAUUUGGUGUGGACACACUUUGGGAGCGCGAAUUGGCGAAGCUCAAGGUCAUCGAAGAGCAAGAGCGCAUCGCCGAAGAGGAGCGCCGGAAGCGAGAGUUCGGGGAGGAAGCGAGGAGGAACAAGAAGAAGAAGAACAAAGCCAGAGCCAAUGAUUCGUCCCUCCCUGUUUCGCCUGCACCUCCUGACUCGGAAACCCCGUCUCCGGCACCACCAGAACUUCACCCGUCCUCGUCUGGUCUGUCUGCCCCUCCCCUUCUGCCCGCCAUUCCGAAGACCGCUCGGCGCCGACCACCACCCCCCACGGACAAUGACGACGACGACGAGUCCGAUAAUGACAGCGACAACAGCGACGCUCCUCGACCCCGCACUCAGGCACAGACUUCCGGCUGGCACUCGGAUGAAGACGAAGGCCCACGUAGGACGACAGGCAGCGGUCCGCGCUAUCCCGCGGCGAUGUCCAGCGGGCCGCCACGGCUUCCGAAGGUCGGCGGUGGCGGCGGCGACAGCAGUGAGGAGGACGUGCCUCUUGUUGCGACGAUCGGACGCGCCGUACAGCGGCAGCAACAGUCGCGCUUCGGCGGCGACGACAGCUCCGACGAGGACACGCCCCUCGUUGCGGUUCUCGACAAGACGAAGGGCAAGCUGCCGUCGAUCAGCGGCGGAAGUUUGUCGCUGUCUCCGCGGGUCGGCAACGGGGGCCAGGACGAAGACGAAGACGACAAGCCACUCGGUCUACGGGCUUCGACAGCGUUCCUCGGCUCUUCGAUGGCGGGCGGGGACGGCGACGAGGACGACAUGCCGCUCGGGAUGCACCCCGACCAGCUCCGCAAGUCGCAGUACAUGAUGGCGGCCGCCCAGCAGCAGCAACAACAGCAGAUGUUCGCGCAGGCGCAGAUGGCGCAGAUGGCGGUGGCGCACCAGUCGAUGUACUUCGGGGCGCCGUCGAUGAUGGGCCCGGGCUUCUUCGCGCCGCAGAUGACGGGCAUGAGCGGGAUGGCGGGCGGGCCGAUGAUGAUGGGCUUCCCGCAGCUGCCGCCGACGCCGCCGCCGGUCCAGGAUACGACCAAACUGGUGCGGGUGGACAAGUGGCGGCAGGACGUCGCGGUGGAGGGCGAGCGGCCGUAG